CACAAUAGACAUUUGUUCGUUCGUAGCCGGGGAUACCAGAAUUACAGUUUUGGAAACUUACCAAAUAAUUCUUAACAAAAGAUACUAAAAUAUUAACGACAUUAUCCGCUAUUCACCAACUUUCGUUCGAAGAGUAUGACGACUACAGCGACGCCUACGAACAAAAUACGAACUAUUAACGCAAGCGAUGAAACUGUUUCAACAAUGAGUUCAUUGCAUCGGUGUAUAAAGUUUGUGCAUUAGGUUCUCACUGACGCCUAACCUCUAACGAUCUGAAUUGAUGCAUAGAAAAAUUUGCGACGAACAAGAAGAUUUUGACGAAUAUUUUCUAAAAAAAAAAAAAAAAAAAAAAAAAAAAAAAAAAAAAAACAAAGAAAAACAAUUUAUAAUCAAGGAAUAUUUUUUUAUAUAUCAAAUAUUAUUCUAUAAUAUAAUAUAAGUGUAUUUCUGAAUAAAAAUAGCGUCGAAAAGUUUUACUUCAUAGAUAAUAUAUAUUGGUGUGUUGCAUCGAAGUGACAUCUGGAGAAGUUUAAGCUGAACUUUUUGUUUCUAUGCAAAAUUAAUUCAAUGACGAAUUGGAACGGAAGAUUUAAAAAUGGCCGCUCAAUCUGAAGAAAUGUUUUCAGGUGAAACCGAUACGAUAGAACAAUCAAAGAAAGAAGUAAGAACAUAUAUUAAGGGUAUCGAGAAAGAAAAAGAAAAAUUUUACGCAGCAAUUUUUUUAAGCACUGUCACUGGCCUUUCUGCUCUUAUUGGUUUUGGUACAACGCUUGCCUCAGUAAGAAGGAAAGAUCCAAAAUACUUUGACAAAGGAUUAACAGGAUCUAGAAAGCUCCAAGAAACAGGCACAUUGUUAGCCUUUCGAGCACUUUGUUGGGGUACAUUCUAUGCUGUAACUGGAUGCGGUCUUUUGUUUUAUGGCAUCUGGAAGAUUUCUGGUGCAAAGAAUGCUAAAGAAUUCAGAUACAAAAUGGGAUCGUUUUUACCAAAGAUUCCUAAAAAUGAUCCACCACAAAGUAGAGUAGAGUUUGAGGGUUUGACCGAUCUUCUUACAUAUAUUGCUGAAGAUUGGGGUAAAAAAAAGGACUGAAAGAUAUUCUUGUAUUCUCUUUCACCUAAUUGAACUUUACAAACUUGAAUGAAAAUGUUUUUCAUUGUUAGAAAAAUAAUAAUUUGUACAAAGAGAUAAUAUUAUUAUUAUUACUACGUCCAAUAAAUAAAAUUACGCCCAAACACCUGUACAAAUGUUAAGUAUGUUGUUCAAUGAAUUGAAUAAAAUAUAUUUUUUAACAAAG